UGGAGUGAAAAUGGAGAAACACUGCACGGACUCACGAGUCAAAGGAGUCAGCACAGGGACCACCAUCCUGGCUGCUAUUUUUGAUGGAGGGGUCGUUAUCGGGUCAGACUCCAGGGCUUCAAUGGGAGGAGAGUAUGUUUCAUCUAAGACCAUCAACAAGGUGAUUCAGGUCCACGACCGGAUCUUCUGCUGCAUGGCCGGUUCACUCGCAGACGCUCAGGCCGUCAUCAAGGCUGCAAAGUUCCACCUGUCCUUCCACAGUGUCCAGAUGGAGAGUCCUCCUCAGGUGAUCGCAGCAGCAUCCGUGUUGAAGGAUUUGUGCUACAAAAACAAAGACGAGCUGCAGGCCGGCUUCCUCACAGCAGGCUGGGACAAGAAGAACGGACCACAGGUGUACGUGGUGUCUCUGGGCGGGAUGUUGAUCAGUCAGCAGGUUACUAUUGGCGGCUCAGGGAGUACGUACAUCUAUGGCUAUGUUGACGCUAAAUACAAACCCAACAUGACAAAAGAGGAAUGCCUGCAAUUUGCCACUAAUGCUCUUGCUCUGGCCAUGGGCAGAGACAACGUCAGCGGGGGUGUCGCUCACCUGGUGGUGAUAACCGAAAAGGGGGUGGAGCAUGUGGUUGUACCUGGUGACAAACUGCCCAGGUUCCAUGAUGAGUGACUUGCUUCCUUCCGCCUGCCAUCAAACCACCAAUGAAAUCGCAGAGUAGUUGUUUCAAAGCUGGACUUGUUUAACCUGUCUGGUCUGUUUAGGAUCAGGAUGUAACAAAGUCAGACACACAAAAAGCGAGAUAAUAUUCAGCUAAAUAUAAAACCUGUGAACUACAGAAACACUGUCGUAGAAAAUGAGUCUUAUUAUGAAAUCAUAAGCAGGCUCAUUUAUACAGAAUUCAUCUGUCUGUUCUGUUUUGUGACCAAAUUACAUGUUUUUGUGUUUUUAUGUGGAAA